AUGGACUCCGACACCAUCGAAUCUAUCAUCUACAUCUGUAGAGAGGUAUAUGUCUACAAGAUCCCGCCCUUGAAGAAGAACGAAGGUCACAGGGCCCAGGAUUGGGGCGACCUUGCAGAUCCAUUAUGGAAGGGCCGUCUACGUAUCAUCGAGACCUCCGACACAGAUCCGGCUACGCUUAUGCUUGAAGAUGCUACGACCGGGGAACUAUUCGCCAAGACAACAUAUGAUUGCGCGCGGCCGAGCAUCGAAGCUGUCAUUGACUCAUCUAGGUACUUUGUUGUGCGCAUCGAGGAUAACGGGCGCAAGGCCUAUAUCGGGAUGGGCUUUGUCGAGCGAUCCGAGUCUUUCGAUUUCAACGUCGCGCUUCAGGAUUAUACCAAGCGAUGGAAAGCGCGCAUGAACCCUCCGUCACCAACGGAAGAGGCUUCGGGACCAUCUCCGCACAUCCCUUCGGGACCAAAGAAAGACUAUACGCUGAAGGAGGGGCAAACGUUCAAGAUCAAUAUACCGGGUCGUGAGCGCAAGGAGAAGGAGAAAGAAGCAGGAGGCUUCGAUACACUGGACCUCCUCGGAGGCGGCACCAGUAGCGGGACAACCUCUGCUUCUUCCAGUGUGACGAGCAGCACGGGUGGAGGCGGGGCAUUCCCGCUGUUGCCACCUCCACCAAGUGCGCCGAAGCGCCGUUAA